UAAUGAGGAAGUGAAACUUCAGCAUUUUCUUCUUGCCUCCMCAUCAAAUUUAUUAUCAGCAGAGAUUCGGACACUCCUCGUUUUCUGACCAUGGACUUCAGACUGGUUUCAUUUAUCAGGAAGUGAAACUUUCACAGACGCUCAGUGGUAAAAUGUCGCAGGAAGGAAUUCAACUGGAUAGAGAAAAUUUCUCUUGUUCCAUCUGUCUGGAUCUACUGAAGGAUCCGGUGACUAUUCCCUGUGGACACAGCUACUGCAUGAAGUGUAUUGAAGAUUUCUGGGAUGAAGAGGAUCAGAAGAAGAUCCACAGCUGCCCUCAGUGCAGGAAAACCUUCACACCGAGGCCUGUUCUGGUAAAAAACCUCAUGUUUGCAGCUUUAGUUGAUCAGUUGAAGACGAGUGGACUCCAAGCUGCUCCUGCUGAUCACAGCUAUGCUGGAGCUGAAGAUGUGGCCUGUGAUGUCUGCACUGGAAGAAAACUCAAAGCCAUAAAGUCCUGUUUGACGUGUUUGGUGUCUUACUGUGCGAAACACCUCCAGCCUCAUUAUGAUGUAGCUCAAUUGAAGAAACAUCAGCUGCUGGAGCCCUCCAACAAGCUCCACGACAACAUCUGCUCUCGUCACGACGAGGUGAUGAAGAUGUUCUGUCGCACCGAUCAGCAGAGCAUCUGUUAUGUCUGCACGGUGGARGGACAUAAAGACCACCACAUCGUCUCAGCUGCAGCAGAAAGGAGCCAGAAGCWGGAGCAGCUCCAGGUGAGGAGAGCAAACAUCCAGCAGAGAAUCCAGGGCAGAGAGACAGARGUGAAGCUGCUUCAACAGCAGCUGGAGGACAUCAACACAUCUGCUGAUAAAACAGUGGAGGACAGUGAGGAGAUCUUCACUCAGCUGAUCCGGCUGCUCCAGGAGAGAAGCUCUGAAGUCAAGCAGCAGAUCAGAUCCCAGCAGGAAACUGAGGCCCGUGGAGUCAGAGAGCUUCAGGAGAAGCUGGAGCAGGAGCUGACUGAGCUGAAGAGGAAAGAUGCUGAGCUGAAGCAGCUCUCAGACACAGAGGAUCACAACCAGUUUCUCCACAACUACCCCUCAGUGUCAGAACUCAGUGAGUCUCCACACUCAUCCAGCAUCAAUGUUGCUCCUCUCAGAUACUUUGAAGAUGUGYCAGCAGCUGUGGAGGAGCUCAGAGACAAACUACAGGACWUUCUGAGAGACAUGUGGACAAUCGUCUCACUGAGAGGGGCUGAAGGGUUACUGCUAGAACCAGAACUAAGGAGCAGAGUUGCAUUACACAUUCCUCCACCUGCAGUUACAUCGUUGCCCUCUCACAGAGUCAGCAAUCUGGCAGAACAAGAACCACAAGUAGACCCAAGGAGCAGACCUUUACGUUCACUCUUGCGUCCAGCUUCAGCUGCUGCGAUGUCUUCUCACGGAAUCACCAGAACAAGAAAUACUCCCCAAGGUCACGUCAUCCAACCUCACGAACUGCAWAGAUAUUUGUCUUCCCUUUUAGAUGAUGAUGAUGAUUUUUUUUCUUAGAGAUUAAUACAAAACAAAAUACCAUUUUAAUGUGUAAAAUCAAUAAAUCUUUUUUCAUCAAGAAUCAA